CAAUGCGAGGGAAUUGUGGGAUUUGUAGUUCUGUGUAGUUCAGUUCUGGUCACCGCAAGACACUACAAUUCCCAGGGCGCACUGCGCGCUGUUCGGUUGCCAUGGCGACGCCGCGGCCGCUCUGCACGCCGGGAGGCCGCUCCUCUAUGGCUGGGCCAAGCGCGGGAACGGUGCAGCCAUUGCCGCCUUUGGUCUUUGGUCGCGGAGGGUUGGCCUCGGGAGGGCUGGCUGCGAUGGCCGGGAGGCGCGGGGCGCUGAUCGUGCUGGAGGGCGUGGACCGGGCAGGGAAGAGCACGCAGAGCCGGAAGCUGGUGGAGGCCCUGCGCCACGGGGGGCACCGCGCGGAACUCCUCCGCUUCCCAGAAAGAACCACAGAAAUUGGACGCCUGAUAAGUUCCUAUUUGGAAAAGAAGAGCAGCCUGGAGGAUCACACAGUGCAUCUGCUCUUUUCUGCUAAUCGCUGGGAACAAGUGCCAUUGAUCAAAGAGAAGUUAAAUCAGGGGAUCACUCUGGUAGUGGAUAGAUACGCCUUUUCUGGGGUUGCCUUCACAGGUGCUAAAGAGAACUUCUCUUUAGAAUGGUGUAAACAACCAGAUGUGGGGCUUCCAAAACCAGAUUUGAUACUUUUUCUUCAUCUGAGUACAUCUGAAGCAGCCAAACGAGGAGACUUUGGAAAUGAGCGAUACGAGAACAGCUCUUUUCAAGAGAAAGUUCUACAAUGCUUCUGUGAUUUGAUGAAAGACAAGACUUUGAACUGGAAGGUGAUUGAUGCUUCAAAGAGCGUAGAGGAUUUACACAAUGAAAUUAAAUCAUUUUCAGAAGAGGCCAUGCAGGAAGCUCAGCAUAGACCUAUAGGAGAACUGUGGAAAUAGAAGUGGUUUAUAUCAUCUUGGGUCAUUGUUCAUCUAGCCAAACUAUGAACUAUUCAAAUAUGAACUAUUUAUAUCUGUAGCCUUUUUAACAGACCAAGUAGGAUUUCAUAGUCUUGUUAUUUAUCUAACACUCCUCUCUAGACUGUUGUGCUCUAGAAGAGAAGAGCCUGGUGAUCCCUUAGAAAGAGGUCUGUGGGGACUUGUACUGGACCAGAUGCAUAAAAGAAGUACUGUAUAGUACUACGAUUUCUUGUAUUUUACUCACAGAGAUUUACACUUUGGGACAUACAAUUGCUGUUUUAUAUGUUUUUAAAAACAGUUAAAUCAAUAAUGUGUUUCCUUAGUUCCUCAGCACAUUAUGUUCAUAUUUGGAUGAUCAUGUAUCAGGUUUCAUAAGCUGAGAGUCUUUUGGUCAUGCAGAUGAAUGAAUAAACAAACUGACAUGUCUUCCCAAACUGGGACUCUGGUUAGUAGCUUUGGAACAAGCCAGGAUAUCCAGCAAUGGUUUGAAGAUGGUUUAAUGUUAUGGCUUGUUUUGAAGUUAUUAAUCAUUGUUCCCCAGCUCAAAUGAAAUUGAAAACUACACCUGAAGACUUGCUGGUUUAUGUAAACAGGCCUUGCACAUUUCUAAAGGAGUUGUUCAAGUCUCAAACCUGAGUCUUAGUUGGCUGUAUAUAUUAGAGGCCACCUAAAAUGCAUAUUUUGAGUUCCUGGAGAACUCGAGUGAAGAUCUAUCAGACUAUUUCGUGUGGGGGUUAUUUUCUUUACCGCUAAAACUUGAGCUGAGAAUUUUCAGCUCUCAAGAGAAGAGUGAUGCAAAUAAUGAAUUUGUCUGUUCUUUCCCUGUAUUUUUACCAUAUUGCUUUUAGAUAGUUUAUGGUUAUAUAGUGGGAGAAAGCAAUCUAGUUUUCUAGUGCUUUGUUUUUGUUGGAAGAAGGAGAACUACACAUCCUGUAAUCCUGGUCUUUGGUUAUGCUAGCUGAAUCUUAAUGGGAGCUGCAGUCCAAAACAUCUGGAGAGUGCUAGGUUGCCUACCCUAUUCUGUAGAUUCAGGCUUGUUUCCUAUUUAUUUUAAAGAAAUUAAUAGUUUGUAUAUCUAGCAAGUAUGCUCUUCAUAUAGCAGGACGUAAAGUAAUUUGCCAAUCUUUAUGAUUUUUGUAUUUUUAAAGGAAGCGAUCUUGCCUGUUACAGUGUAUAGACUCUUUAAUCACAAUUGCAGUCUCUUGGAGUUACGUGUGCCUUUCCUAAUGUGGUAUUCUUUAAGGUUCCUGAAACUUCUAGCUGCAUGUUUUAGCUUUGCAUGGUAUAGUGAUUUGAGCACUGAAUUACACUUCUGGAGACCAGAAUUCAAAUUCCUGCUCAGCCAUGUCACACUUGCUCAGCCUCAGAGGAAGACAAUGACACACCCCCUCUGAACAAAUCUUGCCAAGAAAACCCAUGAAAGGGUUGCCUUAGGGUCAUAAAUCCCAAAAAACGUGAAGGCACACAAAAAAAGCUAGCACUUUAUACCUGGUAUGCAAUAUCUUGUAGGACAUCAUGUUCAUGCCUUGUUUCUUACACCCAUGUCUAGUUCAAAGUGGUGUAUAAGAUGUUUCAACCAAAAUUUGUACUAUCUAGUUUGUUGCAGUUAGGAUAAUGGGCAAAAUUUUGUGGUGUAGGUGCCUUCCUGAUGCUGAAGAUCAUAGUUAGUGUCUAAAUUGAAAGUGGUGGGGAGGUAAGAAAGUAUGAAACUGUCCAAUUAUUCUGUAGAUAAAGCACCAGUAAUUGCUGUA